GCCACUUGCUAUCUCUGAACUUUGACUCCAGUCGAAUAGGCCCCGCGGAGAAAGUGGAGCACGGAACAAAGGAAAAAUAGGCAGAGGAGUCAUUAUCCUGCAGCAGUCAGGCUCAGUGGAUUUAUAGCUGCAGUUUUCUUUUUCUUUUUAAUUUCUACCCUCCUCCACCGAGACGUGAUGGCUGCAUUUUCUAGCAGUGUGUGUGCCACUGUAACUCUCCUGAUGUGUGUCCUCGGGAGCCAUGCGCUGGACCUGCUGAGAGCAGCUGCAACAUCUGGGAAGCCCUCGGUUCCCGCGGUCCACUGCCGCUGUGCUGUUUAUCCUAACGUGACCCUCUGCACCUGGCCUCAGCCUCCCCAGCCGUCUCCCACACACUAUGUGGCCAGCUACAGUGAGAGAGACGUACGAGGAAGCACCGUGCAGCUCCAAGUUAUCCCACCUGGAGCUUCACCCUCCGCUCUCACCUCAGCACCGGUGUCUUCCUCUGAGCAGCUCUGGCACUGCCAGCUGCCCAACCUCAAACUUCUCACCAACUACAUUAUCAACAUCACUGCGGUUCAUCCCUCAGGCAGCAGCUCCUAUCUGUCAAGCUCCAUGUUGGAGGAUAUCGUGAAACCAGACCCUCCCGUAGACGUCCGGAUUUCCCCUCGAAACAUCCGAAACCUGCUGGUGGAGUGGACUCCUCCCCCGACGUGGGCCGACCUGGACAUCUUUCCUCUGAAAUACCACAUUCUCUACCAGUGGGAAAGCAGGGGCAUCCCGAAGUUUGUCAACCUGGGUCCGGUGGAAAACACUAAGAUCGAGCUGAAGGGCCUGACCCCGGGCAGACCCUACCUGUUCCAGGUGUGUGCCACGGAGCUGCUGGGUCUGGGUCAGUGCAGCGACUGGAGCUCACCGGUGAACAUAACAAUACCCAAAACCAAUCUCUAGACUCCGUCUCAGAUCCUCGUGCAUUUUACCACAUCUUUGGAAGCUAUCAAAAAUGGCAUUUUGUUGUUUUAAGUGCUCAAACAGUGCAAGCAAAAUGUAUCAAUAUUUAUUUAUUUAUUCACAGAGAAAUAAGUAAUAUACCAUGUAUAUUGUGCAAUCGCAAGUUCAAAUCAAGAUUUUCUUUUUUUGUCUUUGUUUAUUUUUGUAAUACUGCUGGUUUGACGAGUCAUUUAUAUUCAAAGAGCAAAUA